CGGUUGUGGAUGCUGUUGGUAUGACGAUUGAGUGGGCGAGACUUGACUUGAGCCCCAGAUUUGUCCAUGUGUGGCACCAACGUAAAGACCUUCAUGUUAACCAGCAUCCAUCCUACAAAGGAAGAACAUCAAUGUCCAUCAACAGACUGCAGCACGGAGACAUCUCACUGACACUCACCAAAGUCAAAAUCUCUGAUAAUGGAUUGUACAGAUGUUACUUACCAGAUGGGAAGAAGGACUCUACUGUUCAGCUUGUUGUUGGCAUUGCUUCCUCGCUGGUCAUCAAUUUAGCAGGGAUUGACAAAUCCUCUGGUGAAGUGGUUCUACAGUGUGAGUCUAAAGGCUGGUAUCCAGAGCCUGAGGUGUUCUGGCUGGACGCUGAGGGAAACCUCCUCUCUGCUGGACCUACAGAGACAGUCAGAGGUCCUGAUGACCUCUAUACUGUCAGCAGAAGAUUGACUGUGGAGAAGAGCGACAACUUCACCUGUAGAGUCCAACAGAAGAACAUCAACCAGACCAGAGAGACACACAUCUAUAUCCCAGGUAAAUAUCUUUUCUAAAUGUACAAUGAUGAU